GACUGCAUUUCCACAGCACCAGGGGCGGAGUCUGGCAGGUGAGGGGCUCGCCGCGGAGAUCGCUGACGCGGCCCGGGCUGCGGUGUGGUCGCUGGUUGCCAGACCAUGCUGAGCGGAGCGCGCGCCUGGCUCCUCGCCUUAUCGCUGCGGGGUACAUGCACGCUGCCGUCCGCGGUCGCCCGUAGGUGCCUUCACGCGUCGGGGUCGUGGCGGUCCGCAGACAAGAGCGAGAAGACGGGGAAUGCGCCCCGCGUCUUCGACCCGGCCCUGCUCGAGUUCCUGGUGUGCCCACUCUCCAAGAAGCCGCUCAGAUUUGAAGCAUCGACAAAUGAAUUGAUCAAUGAAGAAUUGGGAAUAGCCUAUCCAAUUAUUGAUGGGAUUCCUAAUAUGAUACCACAGGCAGCUAGGAUGACACAUCAAAAUAAGAAGCAAGAAGAAAUGGAGCAGCACUAGAUGAUAAUUAAAA